GGCCAACUAGUCAUAGGCCUGCUGGAUGCAAUAGCUGGGAUAACAGAGUUGUGACGCAGUGGUGGUGAUUACACCACAUGCAGGUGCGGUGCAGAACCACGAGCAAUUUCGAUGCCCGAAGCGAACUGCGCUGUCUCGCUAUGGACUCUGCACGGCGCUGCCCCGCUGUGGACUCCGCAGUGCAUGAGUAGUCGGGACGGCUUGUCAACGGGGACACGCGGGGGAAUGAGGAUUGAAGGUGGCCGAUCCCGAAGAAUUCAUGCUUGAAACCUCACACAUUGUAUGGCUCUAUAGGGCCAUUCAGAUAAAGCGUGUUCACUAAGCCGCAGCCAGAAGGCAUCCAUCAGUUGAAAUACCGGAAAGCCCUGACGCAGCACCAGCUGCUGCCACAUAAGAAUUAAUAUGUCUUCCAGUAGAGGACUGCAAGCAGCUAUGCGCUGCGCUGGGCUGCUGCGUUCAGGCGCAGCGCGCUCAGGCGGCUUGGUCGCGUGCGAAAGCUUUGCGCGGGGCGCUGUGCGCAUCACGGGUGUCUGCAAUCCAGCGGCGAUGUGGGCGGCCAAGGCGGCGCAGGCACAGCAGCGUGUGCACUCAAUGGCUCAGCCAAUGUAUGGUUUCGCCGCGCAGGGCGCGCUGGCUACCGUAGACACGGGCGAUGAAUCUGGCGUGAGCACUGGCACGGGCAGCAGCAGCGGCACGCUGGCUUCCUCUUCAGGAGAGGACAGCGAGUGUGUACCAAGCAACGACGACGCAGGUGUUUUAUCGCGCCGUCCAUCAGUGCGGCAGCCCGACCCGCCAUGGCUACCGAAUCAACAAGAGCAACAACAGCAGACUCAUCACGGACACCUCAGCAGCGUACGCAGCAGGCUGGGCGCUAGCAGCUGCACGGGAGUGCUGCGGCCGGGUGCCCCGCUGCCACCGUACCAGUGCCGGACGUUCGCUGCAGGCGCCACAGCGACUUCGACGGCAACGGCUGCAGCUGCAGCUGCAGUAGACGCAGGCGCAGCGUCCAUGGGAGUCCACCCCAGCCGGCCUGGUCACGGAGUGCCCUCGCCGCACCGCCACCCAAGCGACGCGGCUGCGGCCGCUGAGCCUCCGGCCGCGCGGCUGAGUGCGGCGGAGUACCGCGAGCGGCACGGCAUCCGGGUGCGCGCGACGGAGGCGGAGGGCGAGGACGGCGGCGAUGGCGAGGACGCGAGGUCGGUCUUGGAGCCAUACCAGUCCUUCGAAGAUGCGGCAUUUCCGGAGGGUGUGAUGCAAGUGCUGCGCUCCUCGCGCUACGGCGCGCCCAGUGCCAUCCAGGCUCAGGCGUGGCCCAUCGCUCUGGCGGGCCGGGAUGUGGUGGCCAUCGCCAGCACCGGCAGCGGCAAGACGCUGGGGUACCUGCUGCCGGCGCUGGUGCAGAUCCAGGCUCGCGGCGGUGACCCGGCCCUGGGGCCCAGUGCUCUGGUACUGGCGCCCACACGUGAGCUGGCCAAGCAGAUCCAAGAUGAGGCCCACCGCUUCGCACGCGCUGUGGUCAUGCCCGACUCCGCCAGCAGCGCGCAGCCGCGCCAGCGCCAGCGCAACGCCCGCAGCCACAAGCACCAGCCGCAGCCGGCCGCCCCGGGCAGCCUGCGCUCGGUGUGUCUGUACGGCGGCGCAUCGCGGGAGGAGCAGCUGGCGGCGCUGCGCACGCGGCCGCACCUGGUGAUCGCCACGCCGGGUCGGCUGCUGGACUUUGUGGAGGCCGGCAUGAUCCGGCUGGGGCAGGUGUCGUACCUGGUCCUGGACGAGGCGGACCGCAUGCUGGACAUGGGCUUCGAGCCGCAGAUCCGGGACGUGGUGCGCGCGCUGCCGCCCGGCCGCCAGACGCUGUUCUUCUCCGCCACCUGGCCGGCCGAGGUGCGCGCCGCGGCCGCCAGCUUCGCGGCCUCGCAGCGGCCGGUGCAGGUGUUCAUCGGCGACGUGCAGGCCAAGCCGGUGGCCGCAACCUCCAUCCGGCAGCGGGUGGCGGUGGUGGAGGCAGCGGACAAGGUGGCCACGCUGGAGGCCUACCUGCGGGAGCAGCUGCUGGGGGAGGGGCCGGAGGCGGGCGCCGACGCGGACGCUGACGCGGAGGACGCGCCGCCGCCGGCCAAGCGGCGGGCGCUGGCGGUGGCAGGGGCCGCGGGCGGGGCCGGCGGCGCGGCGCCGCGGCGGCGCGCGAUCGUGUUCUGCAAGACCAAGUCCGGCUGCGACCACCUGGCCUACCAGAUCAACAGCACCAUGCCCUUCCAGGCCGCCAGCCUGCACGGCGACAAAACCCAGGCCGCACGUGACUACGCACUGCACAACUUCCGCAACGGCCGCGUUCCGGUCCUGGUGGCCACCGACGUGGCGGCUCGGGGUCUGGACAUCCCGCACGUGACCGCGGUCGCCAACUUUGACAUGCCCAACGACAUCGACAGCUACGUGCACAGGAUCGGCCGCACCGGCCGCGCCGGUGCCGCCGGUGAGUCUCUUGCCAUCCUGACGCACCGCGACGGCUUUAUUGCGAGGCCGCUGGUGGGCGUGCUGGAGGGCGCGGGGCAGCCUGUGCCGCCCGAGCUGCAGCGGAUGGCGCGUGGCAGCAAGGGCGGAGGCGGAGGCGGAGGGCGCGGAUGGGGCCAUGGAGGCCGCGGGGGCCACGGGGGCCACGGGGGCUUUGGCAACCGAAGCUGGGGCUCACGCGACCGGGGCGGGGGCGGCGGCUACGGGCAGCGGCACGGUGGAGGGGGCGGCGGCGGUGGUGGCGGAUACGGGCGCGGCGGCGACGACGGUGGAGACGGCGAUGGAGGUGGGGAGUGGCAGCAGCACGAGCGCCGCCGCCACCGCCACCACGCCGAUGACUGGCGGUCGGGAUCUGCGGCCGGCCGUGGCGACAGGUACUAGCCAGCACUGUGCUUGCGUAGAUGCACGGCAUUUUGCAGUGAAGAGUGAUAGCAGUGAGAGUGUGGAUAGCAGUGAGUGGUGCAAUUCUCUUUUGCCGCUUCCAGGCUGAAACAUACAUGCGCCAGUGUAUGGCCGAUUCAGGAGGCAGAAGUGGGUUGCAUAGAGUAAGAAGCAAGAGGUUGUGAGUGCUGAGGGAUGUGAGGACACGGACACGGGUUUUGAAAGCACAGGGCAAGCUCAAAUGCGUGUAGUGCUCAAAAGGAGUUGCAACUUGCAAGGAGCUCGGCACCCCUUCUCCGCCUGUUCGCCACGCCGGGCCACGGGAGGGGCGGUUCAGGCGAGGGGCCGGUUCGUGUCAUGCAAGUGCUGAGUGUCUAUUACCCAUCCUGUAACACCGGCAGGAU